UUUCAUUUGGUUUAAUCACCGAUGGGUUAUUCUUUCUGAUCGAAAUCGCUGAGAUAUGUUAACCAAGAAAAAUUUGUUAUACAUAUUGUUAGGAACAUUUACUGGAUUUAGAAAGAACUAUUCUGGCUUUCCGUCCAUUGAUAUGGUGCACCAACUUAAUUGCCCUGGUUGAGUUGGUUGAAGUACAUGGAAGUGAAUAACCCCAUUUACUUAGAAGUUCUCUGUCGGCGAUCGGCAGGCACAGCUCCAAAUAAUAAUUAUUCGCAUGAAUCUUUUGCAGUUGGGAAUUUUAACGGAUCAGAGUCUGAUUUAGAUGUCAAGAGAUCGGACUUCCCUGCUGACUUCUUGUUCGGAGCUGCUACUUCGGCUCUGCAGGUAGAAGGAUCAGCCAGAAAAUAUGGGAAAGGACUAAGUGUCUGGGACACCCAUGCUGUGAAAAUCCAAGAAAAGAUUGCAGACAAGAGUACACCAGAAACUGCAAUCGAUUCUUAUAGACGUUACAAGGAAGAUGUGAAGUUGCUAAAAGAACUUGGCGUGGAUGCUUACAGAUUCUCUAUAUCUUGGACGAGGAUUCUGCCCAGUGGAUCCUUGAGCGGUGGAGUCAACCAAGAAGGCAUUGACCAUUACAACAAUCUCAUUGAUGAACUAAUCAGAAAUGGCAUUGAACCUCUUGUGACAAUUUUUCACUUUGAUCCGCCACAAGUGCUGCAAGACAAAUAUGGAGGGCCCUUGAGUCAGAAAUUUGUGGAUGAUUUUAGGGAUUAUGCUGAAAUUUGUUUCAAAACAUACGGAGAUAGGGUUAAAAAGUGGAUCACAUUAAAUGAGCCGCUGAUGAUAGCCCAACUUGGUUACGAUUAUGGAAUUGGACCGCCUGGGAGGUGCUCCUUACCAGCUUUCGAAUGCCCAGCUGGUAAUUCAUCCACUGAGCCUUAUGUUGUGAGCCACAACCUAAUACUUGCUCACGCUGCGGCUGCCAGGCUCUACAAGGAAAAGUUCCAACACAAUCAAGGUGGAGAAGUUGGUAUAGCCCUUGUAGCUGAGUAUUUUGAGCCCCAUUCAGAAUCAGCAGAAGAUAAAGAAGCUGCAAAAAGAGCCUUGGACUUCAACAUUGGAUGGUUCAUGGAACCACUAGUUUAUGGAUCAUAUCCAGCUUCCAUGAGAAGUAUAGUAAAAGAGAGAUUACCCACUUUCACCAACGCAGAUAAAGAGCUGGUCAAGGGAUCAUUUGAUUUUAUUGGCUUCAACUACUACACAUCCAGAUAUGCAAAAACCAUAACUGUGGAUCCAAAUGCACCACCAACCAGCUUCAGUCUUGACUGGCACUUAGACCUUCGAGCUGAUAAAGAUGGAGUUCCUAUAGGUGAAAAGGCUGAAGGAAGCGACUUUAUUUUUAUAUAUCCAAUGGGGAUACAAAAAUUUCUGGAGCACGUGAACGAAAAGUACAAAAGCCCCAAAAUCUACAUCACUGAGAAUGGAGUCAGUGAAGCAAAAGUCAACGACAGGCCUAUUCAGGAAGCUUUGAAAGAUAAACACCGCAUCAAGUUUGUCCUGCAACAUUUGCAUCAGAUCAAGCAAGCAAUGAAGAAAGGAGUAAAGGUGAACGGAUACUUUUACUGGUCUCUGUUCGACAGCUUUGAGUUUGGAGCGGGCUAUACAACAAGAUUCGGGCUUUACUACAUCGAUUACAAGAACAAUUUCAGGCGCAUACCAAAACUGUCGGCAAAGUGGCUCCCUGUGUUUCUCAAAGGCAAAGAAGAAACAGCAGACGUGUCAUUGUCUUCUUUUAAAUAGAUCACUAGCGUAUGUACCUAAUCUUACCUGAUCCUGUUGUAGAUAGUUUUGUACAUCAGAUCUAAUGCUAUUUGCUAGCAAGCACCCACAUGUGAAAAGAGUUGCAUUUUUGUAAACGAUGUAUUAUUGGCAUCCACCAAAGGAAAUGCGGUGCA